ACAACAUCGAACAGCAUCAACAUUUGAACUUGAAUCGCCUUCGAAAUUCGGUGGGACUUCACGAACAGCAGGUCGGAUCAAGCAAAGUUGCAGCUGAGUGCGCAAGGCGGAGGCUCGCCCACCACUUGCCACCAUGAGGACGGUCACUUGGGUAAAGAUGGCUGCUGCCGGCGGUAUCAUGUGCAUAGGCGGUCCAGCACUGAUUUACUACGUGACGCCAACGGAAGAGGAACUAUUCAUGAAAUACAACCCCGAACUUCAACGCAGAUCACUAGAACGGAGAAAGGAGAAGCAAGAAGAUUUUGACUCGUUUGUGAAUAAAUUGAAGGAUUAUUCGAAGAGUGAUAAGCACAUCUGGCAGGUCUGGGAAGAUGAACUUGCGAAGAAGAGAGCAGAAGGUGUUACUGCUGAGUUGGAGAGGAGGAGAGCGGCUGAUGCGGAGGCGCAGGCGAGGAAGGAGGAGUUGAGGCAGAGUAUCAAAUGAGCAUUUGGAGAUGGAAUGGCGUUGGAGAUGUGAAGUAAAGUGAAACAGCUCCCAGCAUCAGCCGCUCAAACUGUAUUAUCUAGGAGACUUUGGCUUGUGGUAGUAUAUAUCGACUCACAACAAGAUCAAAGUUGGUCGAUCUAAGGACAUCCUCAACUCUCUACUACUUCGUACCUCAUGGCUGCGGUAUUGG